AUGGUUUUGGAAAAGCAGGUGUCUCAGAGAUUUGAUUAUGUUGACAGAGAAAUUCAAGAGCUUAAAGGGAUGGUAGCCUCUCUCUGUAACAACUUCUCUGCCCCCAGCACUACCUUCAACUUUGAGGACUUACUUCAUCAUUCCCCAUCUCCUCCUCAUCAUGAGCCUGGACCUUCUACCUCCACUAUACCCACUUCUCCAUCUGUACCAUCUACCUCUCCCACUCCCUCUCCUACUUUGGCCCUGAUCACUGUUCCCCAGCCAAUUCCCUCCAUUCAUAUUCCAUCACUCUCUCCACUUUCUCACCUUCCCCCUCUUCCUAUUCCCCUGUCCAUUCCACCUGUGUCUACUCUUUCCUUUUCCCCACUUAAUGCUGAUAAAAAGGGGGAGAAAAAUUCUGAUGCUUAG